AAUGUAUGUCUAUGUUUAUAACUGCCGCCGCCUCCCUCCAGCGAACUGCUGCAGCGGUGGCAAAGAGCCUGUUAACAGAUCCUGUUGUCACUGGGAUGCGGCUGCUGCCUCGUCGUGAGCCGAAGGAGGACCGAAGAUGAGCGCGCAGCCUCAACCGCGUUUCCUGGUCCUGUUCGACUUUGACGAGACCCUCGUGAACGAGAACAGCGACGACGCCGUGUUGCAGGCUCUGCCGGGCCAGCAGCUCCCCGACUGGUUGAAGAGCGGCUACCGCGAGGGCCACUACAACGAGCACAUGCAGCAGAUUCUGGCCUACAUGGCCGAGCGGGGCGUGUCGCGCGACGCCAUCCGCUCGGCCGUGGAGAGCAUCCCGCCGGCGCCCGGCGCCCUCGCCCUGCUGCACUUCCUCCAGGGCCACCAGCGCGACUUUGAGCUGGCGGUGGUCUCGGACGCCAACAUGUACUUCAUCGACACCUGGCUCAAGUGCGCGGGGGUGCGCCACCUCUUCCGGAAGAUCUUCACCAACCCGGCCAGCUUCGACGCCGGCGGCCGGCUGGUGCUGCUCCCGUUCCACGCCCACUCGUGUCCCCGUUGCCCCGACAACAUGUGCAAGCAGGUCAUUCUGAGGGAGUACCUGGCCCUGAGGCAAAAAGAGCGCGGCGCGCCCUUCCAGCAGGUGUUUUACGUCGGAGACGGCGCCAACGACAUGUGCCCCUCGCUGGCCCUGGGGCCCCGUGACACGGUCUUCCCGAGGAAGGACUUCCCGAUGCACGCGCUGCUGAAGUCCGAGGGCGCCAAAUUCAAGGCCAACGUGGUUCCCUGGACCAGCGGCCAAGAUGUCAUGAACUGUCUCGAGAAAAUCGCGGAGGAGAGAUGAUCGCGGACGUGGCGGCAAAAGAACCACGACAAAGGUGCUGUAAUCGUAUGCAGUAAAUCGGAGAGAAAUCUCCCUAGUGUUUGGAAAACAAAAAACAACAAGCUGUGUCGAAACAAGAACAAGUGUUAUGUACGGAAGCAGAUAUGCCAACUGAGUUUGAAUUUUACCUCUCGUGGCAAAAUCAAGCAUUGAAUUUUAGAAAGCAUCAAAAUGUUUUUAUAAAAAAAAAAAA